AUGGUGAACUUCACAGUAGAUCAGAUCCGGGCCAUCAUGGACAAGAAGGCCAAUAUCCGGAACAUGUCCGUGAUCGCUCACGUGGACCAUGGCAAGUCCACGCUGACGGACUCCCUGGUGUGUAAGGCCGGUAUCAUCGCCUCCGCCCGGGCUGGCGAGACCCGCUUCACUGACACCCGGAAGGACGAGCAGGAACGUUGCAUCACCAUCAAGUCGACGGCCAUCUCCCUCUUCUACGAGCUCUCAGAGAACGACUUGAACUUCAUCAAGCAGAGCAAGGAUGGUUCCGGUUUCCUUAUCAAUCUCAUUGACUCUCCUGGGCACGUGGACUUUUCCUCAGAGGUGACAGCUGCUCUCCGGGUCACCGAUGGUGCCUUGGUGGUAGUGGACUGUGUGUCUGGCGUGUGUGUGCAGACAGAGACCGUGCUGAGGCAGGCCAUCGCAGAGCGCAUCAAGCCUGUGCUGAUGAUGAACAAGAUGGACCGGGCUCUGCUUGAGCUGCAGCUGGAGCCUGAGGAGCUCUAUCAGACUUUCCAGCGCAUUGUGGAGAAUGUCAACGUCAUCAUCUCCACCUAUGGAGAGGGCGAGAGCGGCCCCAUGGGCAACAUCAUGAUUGACCCUGUCCUCGGGACUGUUGGCUUCGGGUCCGGUCUCCAUGGUUGGGCCUUCACUCUGAAGCAGUUUGCAGAGAUGUAUGUGGCCAAAUUUGCCGCCAAGGGUGAGGGCCAGCUGGGGCCUGCUGAGCGGGCCAAGAAGGUAGAGGACAUGAUGAAGAAGCUGUGGGGUGACCGGUACUUUGAUCCAGCCAAUGGUAAAUUCAGCAAGUCCGCCACAAGCCCUGAUGGCAAGAAGCUGCCACGGACAUUCUGCCAGCUUAUCCUGGACCCCAUCUUCAAGGUAUUUGAUGCUAUCAUGAAUUUUAAGAAAGAGGAGACAGCAAAACUGAUUGAAAAACUGGACAUCAAGUUGGACAGUGAAGAUAAGGACAAAGAAGGCAAACCACUCCUGAAGGCUGUGAUGCGCCGCUGGCUGCCCGCUGGCGAUGCCCUGCUGCAGAUGAUCACCAUCCACCUGCCCUCCCCCGUGACCGCUCAGAAGUACCGCUGCGAGCUGCUGUAUGAGGGCCCCCCCGACGACGAGGCAGCCAUGGGCAUUAAAAGCUGCGACCCCAAAGGGCCCCUUAUGAUGUACAUUUCCAAAAUGGUGCCGACCUCUGACAAAGGCCGGUUCUAUGCCUUUGGUCGAGUCUUCUCAGGGCUGGUGUCCACCGGCCUGAAGGUCAGGAUCAUGGGUCCUAACUACACCCCAGGGAAGAAGGAGGACCUGUACCUGAAGCCGAUCCAGAGAACAAUCUUGAUGAUGGGCCGUUAUGUGGAGCCCAUUGAGGAUGUGCCUUGCGGGAACAUUGUGGGCCUGGUGGGUGUGGACCAGUUCCUUGUGAAAACAGGCACCAUCACCACUUUCGAGCACGCCCACAACAUGCGAGUGAUGAAGUUCAGCGUGAGCCCUGUCGUCAGGGUUGCUGUGGAGGCCAAGAACCCGGCUGACCUGCCCAAGCUGGUGGAGGGCUUGAAGCGGCUGGCCAAGUCAGACCCCAUGGUGCAGUGCAUCAUUGAGGAGUCGGGGGAGCACAUCAUUGCUGGGGCUGGUGAGCUGCACCUGGAGAUCUGCCUGAAAGACCUGGAGGAGGACCACGCCUGCAUUCCCAUCAAGAAAUCCGAUCCUGUUGUCUCCUAUCGUGAGACAGUUAGCGAGGAGUCGAAUGUGCUCUGUCUGUCCAAGUCUCCCAAUAAGCACAAUCGACUGUACAUGAAGGCACGACCCUUUCCUGAUGGCCUGGCUGAGGACAUUGACAAGGGUGAAGUGUCUGCCCGCCAGGAGCUCAAGCAGCGGGCCCGCUACCUGGCUGAGAAGUAUGAGUGGGAUGUGGCUGAGGCACGCAAGAUCUGGUGCUUUGGGCCUGAUGGCACUGGGCCCAAUAUCCUUACUGACAUCACCAAGGGUGUGCAGUAUCUCAACGAGAUCAAGGACAGCGUAGUGGCUGGCUUCCAGUGGGCCACAAAAGAGGGGGCACUGUGUGAGGAGAACAUGCGCGGUGUACGCUUUGAUGUCCAUGAUGUGACACUGCAUGCUGAUGCUAUCCACCGAGGGGGUGGCCAGAUCAUUCCUACAGCCCGGCGCUGCCUCUACGCCAGCGUGCUGACGGCCCAGCCCCGACUCAUGGAGCCCAUCUACCUUGUGGAAAUCCAGUGUCCAGAGCAAGUGGUUGGUGGUAUCUACGGAGUCCUGAACAGGAAGCGGGGCCAUGUCUUUGAGGAGACCCAGGUGGCUGGCACCCCCAUGUUUGUUGUGAAGGCCUACCUGCCUGUCAAUGAGUCCUUCGGCUUCACCGCCGAUCUGAGAUCCAACACAGGCGGCCAGGCUUUCCCGCAGUGUGUGUUUGACCACUGGCAGAUCCUGCCUGGAGACCCCUUUGACAACACCAGCCGCCCCAGCCAGGUGGUGGCCGAGACACGUAAGCGCAAAGGCCUGAAGGAAGGCAUCCCAGCUCUGGACAACUUCCUGGACAAAUUGUAG